GGGAGGUAACGCGGUGGGAUUCGCGGGCGGCUCAGGGGCCGGAGGAGCGGGUGAGCCCGGGAUGAGCUGAGCGGAGCGGAGCCCAGCGCCAGGAUGGAGGAGGCGACGGAAGCCUACACCUACGGCUUCGACAACGAUACGGACUGCGAGUACGCGGAGUGGGGCCCCUCGCUGGCCCUGCUUCCCACCAUCUACCUGCUGGUCUUCCUGCUGGGCACCACCGGCAACGGGCUGGUCCUCUGGACCGUCUUCAAGGGCGGCCGCGACCGCCGGCGCUCGGCCGACACCUUUAUCGCCAACCUGGCCGUGGCCGACCUCACCUUCGUGGUCACCCUGCCCCUCUGGGCCGCCUACGCCUGGCUGGGCUACCACUGGCCCUUCGGCACGGCCGCCUGCAAGGUCAGCAGCUACCUGGUGUUCGUCAACAUGUACGCCAGCGUCUUCUGCCUGACCGGCCUCAGCUUCGACCGCUACCUGGCCAUCGUCCGGCCGCUGGCCACCGCCAAGCUGCGCUCGCGGGUCAGCGGGCUGCUGGCCACCGUGGCGCUGUGGCUGCUGGCCGCCCUGCUGGCCCUGCCCGCCCUGGUGCUGCGGCGGGCGGCCGCCCUCGGCGGGGACACCAAGAUCACCUGCUACAUGGACUACGGGGAGCUGGCGGCGCAGGGCACGGAGAGCGCCUGGGAGGUGGGGCUGGGGCUCUCCUCCACCGCGCUGGGCUUCGUGGCGCCCUUCGCCGUGAUGCUGACCUGCUACUUCUUCAUCGCCCGCACCGUGGCCACUCACUUCCGCCGGGAGCGGGCCGAGGGGCCCCGCAAGCGCAAGCGCCUCCUCACCAUCAUCACGGUGCUGGUGGCCGCCUUCGGGGGCUGCUGGCUGCCCUUCCACCUGGUCAAGACCCUCUACGUGCUGAUGGACCUGGAGGUGCUGCCCUGGUCCUGCGCCCUCCACACCUUCCUCAACAACCUCCAUCCCUACUGCACCGGCAUCGCCUACAUCAACAGCUGCCUCAACCCCUUCCUCUACGCCUUCUUCGAUCCCCGCUUCCGACACGCCUGCGCCGCCCUCCUCUGCUGCCGGACCCCCGGCCCCGGCCCCGAGCGCUCCGCCAGCUACUCCUCGGGGCACAGCCACCCCCCCGGGGGCAAGGGGGGCCCCGGCCCGGGGGGCAAGCUGGACCCCGCCACCCAGGAGACGCUCUUCCGAGCCUGAGCCCCUCCCCGACCGCCCCCGGCGCCCCCCGAGCUGGUCUACUCGGGGGGAACCCCCUCCCACCUCCGCCUCGCCCCAAAGCCUGGCUUGCUUUGGGGAUGCCCCCGCUGGAAAGCCCUGCUCGCGGGGAGGGGAAACUGAGGCACAGCCAGGGAGGAGCCCCUGGGGGGCUCAGGCAGGGGCGGCUCCCUCGGCACUCCCAGGGCUUUGUGUUUUGUGACAAAUAAAUGAAUUUUGGUUAAAAAAGGA